AACCGUGCACCGCCGCCCCUUGGUUUUAAAGCUUUAUAUAUAAUCACCCUCUCCCCUUUUUCUGUCAGUGUUGAAAGUCGUAUUUGGGUGUGGCAAAUUUGUUAAUCUGUCAUUUACUGAUCUUUUUCUAAAUCGACAUGGAGGAAGAAAAUAAACCAGCUUCUAAUGAAGUCGUAGAAGAUAAAAAUGACACUGCUCCAAAGGAGAAGACAGAAAAUGAAGUUAAAGAAGCCGCUGAAGCUAUAGAAGAGCAAGCUCCCCCCGCCAAGGAAAUGAAAUGUGUGGUUUUGUCUAGUUUUGGAGGUUUAAAAUCUAUUAAAAUCCAAAACAAGCCGGAACCUACUCCUGGCGAGGGUGAAGUUUUGAUUCGUGUGAAAGCAUGCGGGCUGAAUUUCUUGGAUGUGAUGCUUCGACAAGGGGUGAUUGAUAAUCCUCCAAAAUUACCCGUCAUUAUGGGGUAUGAAUGUGCUGGAGAAAUUGAAGCAGUAGGAGAAGGAGUGCCUGAUGUCCAGGUUGGGGAUCGAGUUGCUGCUUUCUCUGAUGGUAAAGCAUGGGCUGAACUUGUUGUUGUUAGCACAAAAUUUGUGUAUAAACUUCCUCCAGAGAUGACUUUCCAAGAUGCUGCAGCUAUGCUAAUGAAUUUUGUUGUAGCAUAUGGCCUAGUAUUUGAUACUGCAUGUAUUCGUGAAAAUCAAACUGUUCUUAUUCAUUCUGCUGGUGGUGGAGUUGGUUUGGCUGUAGCGCAACUCAUAAAGACCAUCCCUAAUGUUACCUUGAUUGGUACUGCAUCAAAACAUAAGCAUGAAGCUAUUAAGAACUAUUACUCUCACUUAAUUGAACGUGGAGCAGAUUAUGUUCAAGAAGUCAAAAAAUUGGCUCCAUCUGGCGUGGAUAUUGUUCUUGAUUGUCUUUGUGGUGAAGACUCAAAGAAAGGAUAUGAUCUUCUGAAACCAAUGGGCCGAUACAUUUUAUAUGGUAAUUCUAAUAUUGUAACUGGAGAAACAAAAAGCAUCUUUAGUGUAGCAAAAUCGUGGUGGCAGGUAGAUAAAUUGAAACCCAUGAAGCUGUAUGAUGAAAAUAGAUCAGUUUCUGGCUUUCACUUGAGGCAUCUACUUUACAAGCAAAAUGGCCAAGAUUAUGUGAAAAAUGCUGUAGAAAAAAUCUUCAAGUUGUGGUUAGAUGGCCAAAUAAAACCAAUUAUUGAUUCUACUUAUGCCUUUGAAGAUAUCCCUGAAGCUAUGCAAGUUCUCCAAGAAAGAAAAAAUAUUGGAAAAAUUACUAUAGAUCCAGCUAUGGAACCCAAGCCUAAGCCUGUGCAGGUUGAAAGCAAAAAACGAAAGGAUUCUGUAAAGGCUGAUAAGAAAAGUGAGGAUAAAGCAAAGAAGACUGAGCCAACACAGAAAGUGGAAGAAGACAAGGAUACUCCUGCUGAAGCAAGUUAAUGGAAUUAGUCAUUCUCUCUUUCGAUCUGAGGAAUUCCAUUUUUUGCUUAAAUUGAAGCUUGUAUGUGCUGUUUAUGCUGAUCAAGAAUGUGGUAUUAUUUUUCUUGUGCUGUGCAUAUAUUGAAACACUGCUCAAUUCUGUCUGCAUUUUUCAACUUAUAAUUGCAGAUUUUUAUUUUUCUCAAAGCUCACACUUAAUAUUUUUAAUGAUUUGUAUGGAAUGUACUUUUACACUGCAUUUUACUGAUCAAUAUUUGUAUAGCAAAUUUUGUACACCAAAUAAUUACUUAUUUAAACUUUGGAAUCUUGUAUCUAAUUUUAUGAACUAUUACUCUAUUUAGUAAAAAUUGUAAUUUUCUUAAUUUACAGUGAUAUUUUAAUCAUACAGAUGGAAAUCUUUAUUACUUAUUGUCAUAAAAGUAACUUGUUUUUCAUAGACUUUUCUAUUUUUAUUAGCUUUAUAUUUUUAAAAUUAUUUUUUGAUCUAACCUUCAUAGGGGAAAAUGCUAUUUUGAGACUGAAGUUUAUAUUUUUUGCCAGUCAAAGUAUUUAAUAUUUUUAAUUUUGUACUAAUAGCAAUAGAUCACAUUCCACAUUUGCUACAGUUGGUGAGAUUUACACUUUUUGUAAUGAAGAAUCUUAUGUGAAAUUUGUAGCUACAUGCAUUUUUAUACAUGAUCAACUUUUUAGUAGUGAACUAGUUUGUAGUCAUAUUUAGUUUGUGAUAUUUUUUAAGUUCCUUUUGUACUUUGAUUUUCUUUUGCUCAAUGUAACUGCAUUAUUUGUAAUUAUUUUCUACCUCAUGUUUCAAUCAUGACUUUUGUAAUGAAUUUUCUCAUUUUUUUUUCAUUUAUUCUAUAAAUAUUCUGCAUCCAAUCUCAUGAUUUUAUUCUGUAAAACUGUCUCUGCUUUCAUUGUAAUUCACCCAAUUAUAGUUGAUUAUCUUAUUUUCUUCUGUGAGUGAUUGAGAAGUGCUUUAUGACAAUAAAAGUUAUUCUAAUUUGAA